UGACUGGCUGUGAUUCGGUCAAGAGUUGAACACGAAGCAACACGCAGCACGAAACACGUGACGGUGCUCAUGCGGCUCGUUAGAUUAGCGAGUGUCGCAAUUUUGUUAUGACGUAAAGUUCGAAAAGAGGCAACGGCAAAUACGAGAAACGCGCUACGUAACACGUAACGCCACGCGGUCGAAUGCGUUACGCGACGCAUGAAAUGGCGGCACGCAAUUCGCGCUACAUUGAAUCCAAGCGCAUCGACAGCAAAUCCCUCUAGUCCUACGCAAAAAGUUAUAAUUUAAUAGCGUCACAAAUUGCGCAUGAAAUGUUGUUGGAAUACUUUAUGGCGAUGCUUGUGAUCAUGGGAUUAACCACAACAUUCGAUAAGCACACAAGCCGCAUCACCAGCCACAUGCAACACUUUGCUUUGGCCACGGAGCUCUCCAAUCUGAUACCGGAGGAGUACGAGCCGCAAUUUGAUAAUAGCUCGGAGCGUGAAAUAAUCGCCGCCUUGGGCACGACAGCUCGCAUGCAUUGUCGCGUACGUAAUCUAGGCGAUCGUGCCGUCUCCUGGAUCCGGCAGCGGGAUCUCCAUAUACUCACCAUCGGCAUCAUGACCUACACCAAUGAUCAACGCUUUCUGGCCCGGCACAUUGACAACUCCGAUGAGUGGGUGCUCAAGGUCGUCUCGGUGCAGCCACGCGAUGCCGGCGUCUAUGAGUGCCAGGUCUCCACGGAGCCAAAAAUAAGUCUCGCCUACAAAUUGAUGGUUGUGACGUCCAAGGCACAAAUCUUGGCCAAUCGCGAACUGUUCAUCCAAAGCGGCAGCGACAUCAAUUUGACAUGCAUAGCACCCCAGGCGCCAGGACCCUACACACACAUGCUCUGGUACAAGGACACCGAACUGGUGAGCGAUUCGACUCGCGGCGGCAUACGCGUCAUUUCCGAACAGCAAAUCAAGACGAGCAAUUUGGUUAUAUCCCGUGUAUUGCACACGGAUUCCGGCAAUUACACGUGCUCCGCGGAUAACUCAAACUCUGACAGCGUCUUUGUGCAUAUCAUUAAGAGCGAACAGCACGCGGCCAUGCAGCAUGAGCUGGGCAUUCGACUGGAGGCUGGAGGCCCGAGCCUGUGGCUGCUGCUUGGCCUGCUCCUACUGCUGCAGCAUAUGCCACACCGCCCCCUGCGCCAGCUGGCCUUCGUCUAAGCUCUGGGCCGCAACUUAUGUUUGAUGUCUGCUUUAGCGUAAGCCCUUGGGCGGUGGGGUGCGUGGGCAUAGGGCACUUUUGACCCGAAGGGAUGCUGAUGCCACGCCCACACAGCCCAACAUACAAGCGCUGUACAUAGGAGGUAGAGAUGCAUCUGUGUAUAUAUUGUAAAUCGAAUUGGGUUUUUCAUUUGGACAGCUUUAAGUAUUUUUAUACAUAGUUAAGUGAAAAUAACAACAAAUAAUACAUGUCGAUUCAUCGAUACAUCUUUAAAUCGUGCGAUCGACUAGCCCUAAGCCAAGUGAAACGAAAAUGCAAACUUUAAAUCGAAUAAUUGAAAAAUCGAAAUAUCGAAAAAUAGAAAAAUAAUGUAAAUACGUAUAUGUUUAAUCUUAAUUAGACAAGAACCAUGUUAAACUGUCGCGCCCGUCAAAUACAAAUUGAAGGUGUGCACAACAUAUGUAAACACACACACACACACACGCAUAUAGGCAUUGCUAUACUAACUGUCAUCUAGAUUAAUUAUGAUUAA